AUGAGGCGUAUUACGCCAAUAUUAGCUCUUAUCGCAACGCACACAGUAUGUGUGCUCCACGCCGCUUCAGUUGAGCACAUACACAAGGAUGAUGGACGCCUGGAAGACCUCUUUUCCGAGGCCUUCAUGAUGAUCCAAGAGGUCACAGACGGAUCAGAAAAGCAGAGACUUGCCUUCUCUCGUCUGUUGACAAACGUGGCUGCAACCUUCGACGUGGAAGGAUACCGAUGGAUGCUCGAUAUCGUAAAGGGACGCCGCGCCACCGAAAGGUUCACGCAGGCAGUCGCCCAUCGCUCAUUCAGCCAGCCUCAUUGUGACAAGGGAAGCUGGGUGAGCCCAUCGCAUACUUUUGGUGACUUGGUGAAAUUCCCAGGAGGACCAUUCAGAGGAGGGACAGGUUACGAUCUGGUCAGAUGGAUGGGCAACCAGUAUUCCCACGUCCACUCGCCCGCAUCGGCCAACCAGCCCGGGCUGGAAAACAUGAUCGUGCAAGCAUUCCAGCAAAUUAAGGGAGUGAUACAAACUAUCUUGGCCGUAGUGGUGGACUUCGUUCCUCCCAUGAUUAUAUCAGUCAAUUUGCCGUGUCUACCCAUGCUGACGGGGAUAAACUGUCUAGGUUCUGUGCUGUACCCUAUAUCGGCAACGGACUUCGUCAUGGCUGACAUAACAGAUUCGGUGAUGAACGGUGUCAUCUCCUCCUUUCCAGCCAAGUACGCCGCCAAGGUGGGGCGCACCAGCGACGCGCAGUACUACUUUUGCGCCCACAUCUACCUGGGGAUGUACUGCGCCAGCCUGUUUCCCAUUUGCGUUACGGGGGCUGCGAAAAUCGCGGAAACCUUUCCCAUGUGCUUCGUACAGUGCAUAGCCUCCCUGAUUGCGUGUCCGGGCUUCUGGAUGGACGAUAUCGCGGUACCAUGCAGCAACCUCUCAGUGCCGCCAUUCUGCUCCUUCUCGGUAUUUGCCAACCACUACAGGAUACCGCCGCAGUACUCCACGUACGACCAAUCGCACAUGUAUCCCGAAGGGUGCCCGCAGUACAAUCCCGAGAUAGACACUCCCCGAGAUUUGUACGAUAAGAAGGCAGCACCGCCUUCCGCAAUAGCUAAGGCGGCGAAGGAGAAGCCGCUGGAGGAGUUCCACCUCAAGCGCAGGGAGGUCGAAGAAUUCCCUGGGGCCUGCGACUGCGACGCCAUCAAGGAGAUCUGCCGGCUUCAUUUGCCAUAUCCCGUCUACGUCAACGCCGAUCCGACUACGUCCGAGACGCACUACCAGGUUCCGGAGCGUGUCGACGAGCACGAAAAGCGCUGUUGCGAAGAAUGCACAGCCAUUUGGGACAUCACCGAAAACAACACAAUAUGA